AUGGCAUCAUGUGGUAAGACUACUGAAGAAAUAUCAUUAUCACUUGAAAAAGCCACUAAUUGGGCACGUUCAAAUUGUGAAUGGGAGAAAGUUUAUCAAUAUAUAUUCUUAAAUCCAACAGAUUUUUUUGUCAUAUCCCCUGAACGUAGAUAUUCUAUUGCUCAUCAAAUGGUUCAUCAUGGUAAUGUUGAUCUUUUCAAACGUUUUAUGACUAUUUUUUCUGAUCAACAUAUUGAUAUUCAUAUUAAAACAAGAGAUAACAAAACUUUUCUUGAUAUUGCUAAAGAACAAAAAAACAAUCAUCCAGCAAUGUAUACAUAUAUUGAACAUUUAUUUUUACAAGAUAAAUUAAUGGAACAAGCAAAACAAUCUAAUUGGCGUGAAGUUAUAGAGAUACUUGAACAAGAUAAUAAAUUAGUCAAUGAAAAACCACCAUAUUCACCUCGUUUUCUUAUACAUUAUGCUGUUGAAUAUGGUGAUACGCAUACUUUACAAGUAUUACUUGAUAAUUAUAAUUGUUUAAUAAAUGUACUAAAUAGUGAUGAUGAAACUCCUUUAGCUUUGGCUAAAAGACUUAAUAAACAUGAUAUGUGUUCUAUACUUGAAGCAAGAUCAGUAAAACAAAAAAAUAAUACUUCUCCAAAGCCACCAUUAUCAGCAUCAAUACAAAAUUUAGAACGAUUAGAUGAUCGAUCAUCAUAUGAUUCUACAAAGGAUAAUGUUGGAGGUUCAUUAUCGUCAACUAAAUCACUUCCUUCAUCAUCAACAAUUGGUAUGCCCAAUUCAAUGCCAUCUCCUAUUGGAUUUAGUACUAUUGUAAAUGACAUUCUUCGAAAUAAUAAUUUUCAAUUUGAACAACUAAAUAUUAAUAAUACAAAUCAUAGUCAAUCAACAUGUCCAUAUCAAGAACAACUAUCAAUAUCAUCUCAAAUUAAACAUGUUGAAGUAAACAGAUCGAUUAUUAGUGAAUAUCCUUUGACUGAUAUAGAUCCAAUACUAUCUACUACAUCAAAUGAAUAUUCAGCGAAAAAUAAGAAUAGUUCUUUGAGUAAUUCAAGUUCAACAGUAUCUAUGACUUCAACUUCAUCGAAUAACGAUUCGACGAAAGAUGUGAAAUCUCCAACAACUAAUUCAAAUCCAGCAUCAUCUGAUGAGGCAAGUUCACUAACCGAACAAUUUAUGAGAGCUCUCAAGUGUCCUAUAACUCACAAAUUUUUUGUCGAUCCUGUUAUUGCUAGUGAUGGUGAAACAUAUGAACGAUCAGCUAUUGUUGACUGGAUUAAAACAUAUCAUUCUUCACCAAAAACUGGUAAACCAAUGGAUGCAACAGUUCGUGAUCAUGUUGAAUGUAAAAGAAUUCUUCAAAAAUUAUUAAGCCAAAGUUAA